AUGAGGGAGACUGCGCACGCCUCGCCCGGUACGAUCUCGCACAGCGCAAGCUACCUCAACACGCCAGGAUCGGCGCCGCCGACUGGACGUCACGUCCGAUUCCUGGCUUCGCCGAUGUCUGCGUCGCCAGUCGAUACCUCGCCGCGUUCCGCUUCACCCCGCGCGGCUUCGGCCUCGCUUCUUCUCCCUCCGCCUAAAGCAGCCAAGAUGCUCGGCCUCAAUCCGUCUCCCGCCGCUUCCAUCGCCGAGCGCUACCGAGCCAGCGAGCGCGGAUCGACACUCCCCUCUGACUUGGGACUGGAAUUGUCUCGCUCGACGGCGGGAAAGGCGGCGGAAGUGCUGGGACUUGGUCUGAGCAGCGCAAUGAGUCAGCCGAGGAGGCGGAUGGUGUUGCCGGAGUGGCCGGCGACAAGGAGCGAGAUUCGGCCUUGCGAAAUUGCAGUCGCACAACUCGCAAAGGUCGUCAUCGAGCCAGCGCACCUCCGCGGCUCCCGCCCGUCUUUCGACAACCGCACAAUCGCCUUGACCCGUCUCCCCGGCUUCGACCACUCCCAGCCGUCGACCUACACCCUACACGCCUUCGUCUCACCGCGUUCCAUGGACAACGAGAUCUCGCGCCUCGAGAUCCUGCCUACGUCAAUCGUCUGCGCGCCUACCGCCGGCGAGGCGCCUCCGCAGGCUCCCGCUUACCUUCUGAAGGUUACGGGUCGGGGUUACGCCUUGAGCGGGAGAGUUCGCGGACUCGGAAGCGACGAACCGCAGAACAUCAGCUGGAUCGUCGGGACGAACGACUUGGGCGAGUACAAGGACUGGCUGGGCAUGAUGAAGGAAGCUGUCAGGGAGACGAGUACGUCGCCAGUAUCGGCUCAGGCGUCGGAAGAGCACGCUGUCGUCGCCGCAGACUACCGUGCUCGCCAAGACUCGGACGAAGACCCUGCCGAGCUGGUCGACUUCCUUCUCCCGCUUCCGCCCGCCCAACCCCCGGCUGUCACGCCAAGACCAAAGGCGAGCGUCCCGCAAGACGCGAAGAGGAGCUCGGUCUACUCGUCUCGCAGCGGCAGCAGCCAUGGCAGCAGUCGGCGCGAGUCGGAUGGCUCCGCCUAUCGUUACGCUUCGCUCCCACCGCAACUUCCGCCGCCUUCCGCCCCUCUUCCACCCCUCCCAGCCCGCGACGACGAGAACAUGCCGACGCGAUCCCGUAAGACGUAG